GAGAAGCAGGGGGAUGGCAUAGAAGAAGGUAGCAGCUAGAAGGAUGCUAUGACACAAGGAGAGGAGGGGAGCCAGCAGGUAGUCUCAGGGAAUGAAUGGGGAGCAGGCGGCUGGAAGGUAUCAGAAGCAGAGGAGAUGGCAGGGAGGGAGAGGAGAUAACCUGGAACUGAUGCUAAUCACUGGCAGCAAGAAUACUAAUCUGGAGCAGCAGCUGUUUCAGCACUGGACAGCGACCUGGCUGGGGAAGGUGGAGAUGCAGAAACAUUAAGCAGCAGUGCAGAUUGCGCUCCCAUGUAGAAGGCAAAGGGGUUUCUCUAACCAGUCAAGGCAGCCUUUUUUUUUUUUAUCUUAUAAGAAACAGAAGAGGUGCUCGCCAGCUGCUUCGCCCAGGGAUCCUUUUAAUUUAUUAGUGCAGGAUAGCUAUUGAUUUUAGGCUUAGAGCAAUCAUUUGAACUAAGGGGUGUGCACUGGUCUGUGUAGCACAGCGCCUGCAGCCAUCUCCUGGGGCAGGGUGACUAGUGGUCAAGGAAAUGCUACCUGCCCCAUAUCAAAGAUUUGGGGUGAGCUGAGGACAGGACUUUGGGGCCAGAGUGGAGGAGGAGCAGGGGAGUUUUGGCUCUCCCCGUCCCCCCCGGCUGAUGAUGCUGCCAAGGAGCGAUCGGUAAAAAAAAAAAAAAAAAAAAAAUCGACACGCGAAGAUCAGUUGUUGGGAAAAGGUGAUUUGGAGAGAGGAGCCAGCUCGUUCCUCUCCGGUAUCCGAGCUGAGCACGGCGGGGCAAGAGGCAGACGUGAUGGGCGAGUGGACUAUCCUGGAGCGCCUGCUGGAGGCUGCGGUACAGCAGCACUCCACCAUGAUAGGGAGGAUUCUGCUGACUGUAGUUGUCAUUUUUCGUAUCCUAAUUGUGGCUAUCGUUGGGGAGACAGUCUAUGAAGAUGAACAGACCAUGUUUAUGUGCAACACUAUACAACCUGGUUGUAAUCAAGCCUGCUAUGAUCGAGCAUUCCCCAUCUCCCACAUCCGGUACUGGGUCUUCCAGAUCAUCUUAGUGUGUACCCCAAGCCUCUGUUUUAUCACGUAUUCUGUCCACCAGUCUGCCAAGCAGAAGGACCGGAGAUAUUCCUUCCUCUAUCCCCUUUUAGAGAAGGAACUGCCACGAGAGAACCGAAGGAUGAAAAAUAUCAAUGGAAUUUUGAUGCAGAAUCAGGACCUUUCAUCCAAGGAUGAGCCAGACUGCCUGGAAGUAAAAGAGAUCCCAAGCACGCCUAAAAAAGCAGCGAAGAGCCCCAAGGUCAAGCGACAGGAAGGCAUCUCACGCUUUUACAUAAUUCAGGUCUUCUUCAGGAAUGCUUUGGAAAUCGGUUUUCUGGCAGGACAGUACUUUCUUUAUGGUUUCACUGUUCCACCUAUUUUUGAGUGUGACCGUUACCCUUGCGUAAAGGAAGUUGAAUGCUACGUAUCUCGGCCCACUGAGAAGACAGUCUUCCUGGUUUUCAUGUUUGCCGUAAGCGGCAUCUGUGUCCUUCUCAACCUAGCCGAGCUUAACCACCUCGGCUGGAGAAAAAUCAAGACAGCAAUGAGGGGAGUUCAGGCUCGCAGAAAGUCAGUGUGCGAGGUGCGUAAAAAGGAGCCAUCUACUCUGGCUCAAGUGCCAACAUUGGGGAGGACACAAUCCAGUGAAUCGGCUUAUGUUUGACCCCAUUCUGUUCACGCCAAUGGUUUAGAGCUCUCCUCUAUACUAUAGAGAAUGUAAUCUGAGGAUUAUUAAAUAUGGCUGCGUUUGGCUUCCGUCUUCCAACCAUCAGUGGAGACCCUCCAGACUUUGUUAGUAGCCUUUUGAUAACUGGAGUUGCUGGCUUAUUACAGAAAGCAGAGCCCAGCUUCCAGUGGGGCGGGAUAUUUGAGAAAAGGGUGGGACACAAGUAUAGGGACAUUAUUUAUAAAGACAAUUUUGGGACUGUAAAGUGAAGAGAUAUUGCUUGGUACUGUUGUAACCUUUACCUUAUAUUCAUUUUUUUAUGCCGGCUGCUAAAUUGAGUAAUGAGAGAGUGGAGUCCUUAGAUGGGUAUUUAAAUUUAGAAGAUCUGCACUAACACUUCAGAAGCCAUAAAAACUGGGCAGGGAGGAGCAACAAAUAACGCAAAUAGGGGUACUUUAGAGAGGAGUCUAGGAAGCCUCUCAUGACUGUUAUAUACCUCUCACUUCCCAUGCGCUGCAAACUCCCCCCCCCAAAAAAAAUCCUCAUUAACACCUCACUCGCUGUAGAAACAUAAUGAUCUUUCAAAACCUGAUAAGCAGUCAGAAUUUUUUUUUUUUUUUUUUUUAUUCAAACACCAUAACAGAGGACCUAAAGGGGCCAAGCAGAUGUCAUCAAAAAAGCGAAGGCCAUUAGGUAGGAAGAGAAACCUCUUGGGAUGAGGAAACUGGCAGGCACAAAAUGGGACAAAAAAAAACACCCUACAAAAAGCAGGCAAAGGACAUAGAAGGGCAAAGUGAAAACAAGAGCAUAGGGGGUGAAAACAAGCUACAGCACUCGAAGGCAUGGGUAUGUUUCAAUACUCAUUAGUUACUGCUACAAACAGUGGAUGAAUGGGAGCCACACAACACCCAGACGGCAAGGAACACUUGUUCAGAAAAGUUAAGGAACACUACAGUACUCAGUAAAAAGUAAUUGGAAGUGGCAACAGGUAGGCAACAGGUAGGUAAUGAAACAGUGAGAAGCUUAAAAAGCAAGUUAGGAAAAAACAAAGACCAAAAACCAUUACAACUUUCAGAAGGCAGGUAAGGAUACACAAACACAACAGGCAGAAAUAGGAAUGUAUCUUUCUUAAGACACAGAACUCCUUAAGGUUAAAGUUGGGGAGCACACAAAAAAAAAUUGGAAUAAGGAAAUAAACAGUACGCCUCAACAUACAGAAGGCAGGAAAGGGAACAAUCCAACAUUCAUCAGGCAGGCAAAGCACAGUAGAGCACCCAACAUAUAGAGAAGGGACAUUUAUUGCAGUUGUUAUUUUUUAAACAUAGUAUAACAUAAAGGUAAUGUUCACAAAAAAACAUUUUUGGGGGGUUUAACCAAUGAUUUUAUAUUGCUUAUUAAUUCUCUUCAGUCUACUUAACUGGGGCUGUGGCAGAGGCAUGUUAUUUACUUACAUACUUUGUGCUUAAAGGUGUACCUCUUUCUCAGUUCAGAAAGUUGGAAGGCAUGAUUAAAUAGGCAGGACUCACUACAAAAUGUAAUAUGUAAGCAAGGGGAACAGUACAAUAUUCAUUAGCUAAGAAGGGGACACUGCAAUAUUCAAUAAGUAAGCAGGAGAACACUAACGUGUUCAUUAGGCCGGAAGGACACACUACAAUAUGCAACAUGCAAUGUCCAUUGUAGGCAGGGCACAUUUUAGCAGUGAAUAUGUAGGCACCAAGGAUUAUAAUGUCAACUAGGUAGGCAGGGCACACUACAAAAUUCAGCAUAUAGAUGGAAAACAUUACAAUGGCAGAUAGGCAGGACACAAUCCACAUUCAGCAGGCAGGGGAGUAAUCUUUAACAGGAAGACAGAAAAGUAGGGAAACACAACAACAUGUAACAAACAUUUAAAAAAUACACAGCAGUACUCCCCAAGCAGGUAAUGUGCAGAAGUGUAAUUCUAGAUGGGCAUAUAAUGUAAUGCUACAUAGUUUAGUAGGCAGUGGGAUGCAACUGUUAAGAGCUGUACAGCUCUCCACACUCAGGCAACAGUACGGCAGCUCACUCAACUGACAACGACUAGACAAAUAAGGGAAUUGUACAACACUAAACAAGGAAGGGAAACCUAUAAGAUGGAUAGGAACAUAACGGAACACAUCAUAACUCAUUAGAUACUGCAACAUUCAGCAGGGAAAAAAGGAACACUACAUCAUUCUGGAAGAAGACAAGGUGGUACAAGGCAAAGGGUGAAAGUUGUAAUGCUUAGCAGGUAGACAAUGAUAUCUUACAACAGGAAGAAUGUGAGGCAUCACUGCUACAAUAAAAGUUUGAGGAUAAGGCUUCAGAGCAGAUUUUAUACAGUGUGGAUUGAUAAAAGUGUGGAGGUAAAGGUUAAGUAAAUAAGUAAAUUAAGGUAAGUAAAUAUGUUUGCAUGUUAAAAAGAAAUGUUGAGGUUAUGUCUCUAAGAUUAUGAAAGUCUAGGCUUAGGCCCAAGAAAACUUGGAGUGCUAUUGCGGUCGUGUCAGCAUGUUGUGGUGCUAUUUUCAUUCAGUAUACGUGUUUUACAUACAUCACCAUCAGCAUAUUCCACCCAUUACAGCUCAUGAUUUUAUAUAAAAUAUCUGACCAAUAAAAGUGGGCAGGAUGUCACAACCUAACCAGCAUAAUCCAUGAGACAGGUCUGUAAUAGGUUUUCUUAAGGGAUCAACCCAGCUAACAUUUUGAAUAUGGGUGGAUUCUGGAAUGUUGAAGAACAUUCCAGCUUUUUAUGUGUCUGAGGGACUCCAGCAGUUAGAUUGGCUGGCUGUGCCCGACCACCAGCCUACAAUCCUUCCUUUUGGUCCCACUCAGGAGUAUUGAUAUAAAUUUUAAUGUGGAACACACCAAAUUGUAAUGGCUUGGGCAGAUGGGCAGAGACGUCUCCUAAAUUCCUUCAAACUUCAGGAAUCUGGCAGAUCUUAUUUGCCAAACAAUGGCAUAAUUGGUGGCCUGACCUACUGAAUAUUGGGAAAUUUACAGCUUAAUCUAGUUUAACGUGAUAAACUGGGACCCUUCAUCAUGGCCAUCAAUUUUUGUCAGAUUUCAUUGUAAAAAACAAAAAUGUUACAGAUCCAGAUAUUUAAUCCCCAAGCUGUACAUGUAAUCUGUACAUUCAUAUCAGGAGGAGGUAACAGAACUGCAUGAUCAUCCAUUAAAAUAAUUUGAUGAGUUUGGUGUCAGCACUCAUAAAAUGAGAGGUCUUGAAUUUACAGUGACCAGUCUGCAACCACUACGGUCACCACCAAAGGGUAACUGGGUGCCUUUAAAUAUUAGACCUACUGUAUUAAAGUGUCUGGGAAAAGUUAUUGUUGUUUAUACCAACCAUUCAGAUGACUAAUUUCGUUAAGGGAUUUUAAAAGAAGUAAACUAUGUUAAGGGCAAUAAGAGCCGUUUCAAACUGGGGCGACUCGUCAGGCGACUCAGCCGCCUGACAAGUCGCGUCCCAUUCUAUGCAAUAGAACCGUUCUAAUU